AUGUCAGAUAUCUGGCAAAGUCCGUCUACAUUUAACGAAAGUUCACUGGAAGCUUUGAAUAUUGCAAACAGUUUUAAAAAUCAUUACAAAAAUAGAAUUGUCCAAGAAUGGAGCACUUUUAGUCCAACACAGGUAAAAGAUAAAAUAUACGGGUUCUUCUUAAAAAUUCUGAGAUGAAUAUAUAGUUUAUAUUAUGCAGAUACAAUUGUUGUUUUGUAAUUCAGUUAUGCCGCGGCUUAUAUGUAAUAUUUCAAAUAUGCGGACUAUGAGGACUGGACUAGAUUUUACGUCCGCGCAAUUUGAUCACGUCCGAGACGAAGCCGAAGAGUGGGUCAAAAUGCGAGGACUUGAAAUCUAGUCCAGUCCGAAUUGGAGGAUUUGAAAUGACAUCUCAUACGAAAAAAUUACUAUUUAAUUAAUUUCGAUCCAGUCCAAGAACUGAAUUAAUUUUGAUCCAGUCCUAGGUAUAUCCAAUAUUAUCAUGUGAACAAAAUAAACCAAUAUGGUUGGCUAAUUUACCAAAUGAAGUACCAUAAUCAUAGCCAUAGGCCUAAUUCUCUUCUCUUCUCUUAGGUUUAAUACCGAUAAGUUCCUUUUCGUAUUAUCUGUGCAUCCAAUUUAUCCUAAACAUCCCAACCAAACUAUUCAUCAUAACCAAACUAUCCACUUAGCCAAACUAUUCAUCCCGGCCAAACUAUUCAACCUGGCCAAACUAUUCAACUUAGCCAAACUAUUCAUCCUAGCCAAACUAUUUACCUUUCUCAUAAGUAUCUCCAUGCCAGUAUGACCAUUAUAGUCUAUUCGGAGCGGUCGUUUUCUCUUGGCUUUAGCAAAUUCAGGUCUUUUUUACAACAUUAAGAGCAUGUACUUCAUUUUGAAUGUGUGUGGUAUCCAGCUAAUUUUCUUCUCGCUUUCACAACUCUUUCACAAAGCUACCACCUUUAUAGGUCACAUGAGGUUAGCUAGUCACUAUUGUAUAUGCAUGAGAACAACCAAAAAUUCUUUUGUCACCACAUAUAAUUGAAGGGAGUGGGGUUUUGAACUCGCAUAUUCAGCGCACCAGUCUGACGCAAAGUUUUGAAUUUUUGAGCCUCUACGUGUUUACUGGCCGACACAGGGGCUGGAAGGAAAUUGCCCUCGCCAGUGUGUAUGUUGAAAGAAACCCUGGCACAUCAUGACAAUUCUUCGUUUAAGGCUCGCAUUGUCCUGUAUUCUCCUGGUAAAGAAGACGUGGUCUUGACGUUCAAUACUCAAAAUACAAACAACAUGAACUGGUUUGCAGAAGCAAAUCUUCAAACGUCGCCUUGGCAAGAUAUUCAUGAAAAAGUUAAGAUUUCUUUCAGCGUGGUUG